AUGUACGCCGGCAGGAAGAGGAAGAAGCCGGUGCCCAAGAGCCCCAAACCACCCCCACCCGAGGGUGUGAAGUCCAACCCCUCCAAGCGGCACCGGGACCGGCUGAACCAGGAGCUGAACACGCUGACAGGGCUGCUGCCCUUCCCUGAGGAUGUGCGCUCCAGGCUGGAUAAACUCUCCAUCCUCCGCCUGACCGUGGGCUACCUGAAGGUGAAGAGCUACCUGAGUGCUACAGCUCCAAAGAUUGGCAACUGUGUGGAUCAGCUCAGAGCCCCAGGAGGGGACAGAUGGACAGAACCGCAGGGUGACAGGGAGCUGUUUCCUGAGGGGGAGCUGCUGCUCCAGGCACUCAAUGGAUUUGUCAUCGCUGUGACUGGAGAUGGCUACAUCUUCUACAUCUCCCCUACUGUGCAGGACUACCUGGGCUUCCACCAGUCGGAUCUCAUCUACCAGAGCGUGUACGAGCUGAUCCAUGCGGACGACAGGGCCACCUUCCGCCGCCAGCUGCACAGGACCCUCCUGCACGCUGCUGACACCUUUCCCCCUGAGCAGCCGCUGCUGGCAGGACAUGGCGCCAUGUCCAGCCCCCAGCACCUCCGUGCUGAGAAGCAAUCCUACGUGGAGAGGAGCUUCACCUGCCGCUUCCGCUGCCUGCUGGAUAAUUCCUCGGGAUUCCUGGCCUUGAAUUUCCAUGGGCGCCUGAAGUUCCUUCUUGGGCAGCAAAAGUCAGCAGCAGACAAGUCCCCAGUUGCUCUCUUUGCCAUUGCCACACUCCUCCAGCCUCUUUCCAUCCUGGAGCUCCGGACCAAGACGCUGAUCUUCCAGACAAAGCACAAGCUGGAUUUCACUCCCAUGGCCUGUGAUUCCCAGGGGAAGGUUGUCCUGGGAUACACGGAGGUGGAGCUGUGCAGGAGGGGGUCCGGAUACCAGUUUGUGCACGCAGCCGACAUGAUGCACUGCGCAGAGCGCCACGUGAGAAUGAUGAAGACGGGGGAGAGCGGGCUGACGGUGUUCCGGCUGCUGACCAAGAGGGGUGGCUGGGUGUGGGUGCAGGCCAAUGCACGGCUGGUGUACAAAGGGGACAAGCCUGACUGCAUCAUCGCCCGCCAGCGAGCCCUGUCGAAUGAAGAAGGGGAAGAACAUCUCCGGAAAAGAAACCUGCAGCUGCCUUUCAGCUUUGCCACAGGAGAAGCAGUCUUGUAUGGCAACAAUGUUCCCGGGUUCUUGGACUCAUUCCAAGCCAAGGAGGAGUUGCAGGUGCAAGCAAAUUUCAUCCCAGAGCAGCACUUGGUAGACCCCAACUCUCUGCUUGGGGCUGUGAUGAAGCAGGAUGCAUCCACAUACAAUUGCCACGCUGAUAAUGUGCUUCAGUUCUCCCUGCCAGGUUUCUCCCCUGAGCCAGAUGGGCUGAGCCAGAAUGAGGACACCAGCAGUGCCAAGGAGGACAGUGACCCUCUCCUGGUGGUCAUCCAGACGCUCUUUGAGAAGAGGGAGGUGGCUGGAAAUGUCUGCCCAAGCCUCGGUGAGGACAGCACAGAGCUGCAGCAGUGGGAGGAGGCUCUGCUCAGCCUGGGGGCAGAGCAGGAGCCGCCAGCUCAGGGGCCCGGCCAGAGGCCGGCCACCAAGGUGACAUCCUGUGUGGAGCAGACGAUGUGGAGCAGCACCGUCAGGGAGGGUGCUGGGAAGAGCCUGGACUUCCCACCCUGCCAUGAGGAAAACAGUGUUGUGGCUUGCUUCCAGCGCUGCUGGGCAGCUGGCUCAGCGUUCCCAGCGCAAACCUGGGCAGCAGGCACACGCGGAGGUCAGGGGGCUGUGGGCUCUGUAGCCUCUGUUGCCUCUGAUGGCAGCUCUGCCCAGCCAGAGCAGCAGGGCCCGUUUAACCCAGCUGGGCUGGUGGCAGGGACUGUGCUGGGUGUCCCCAUCUCCAGCAGCACAUCCUCUGCACCACUUCAGCUGUCAAACCAAGCGAUUCAAGCAGAAGCUACAACCUCUGCUCCUGUUGAUAACACUACUCCUACUGCUCAGAGCCAGCCUGGAUGCCAGCUGGUGGGCUCAAACACAUUGGUGACUCUGUGGCACAAUGUCCCUGUCCAGGCAAACCCAGCCACUUGCCCGUCAGAGGCUUGGCUGGCCAUAGCUCUGAAACAGCUGGAAGCUGCAGGAGCACAGGUGGAGUCCCAAACUCUGCCAGCUGGCAGCCCUGAGAGCCCUCUGGGGACCGAGCUGUUGUUGCCAUCACCCUCUCAAUCUAUUCCUUGCCCUACCCAGGGCUUGCAUGACUCCCUGUACUCUGGGGAUGGGAAGCUCUGUAAUGUGGAGGCUACUCUCCCUGCACCCUUAGGAGCCAGCGCACUACCAGGGCAUGGUGGCUUCCCCAGACAGCCCCUGGCAGUGCCCAGCUUUUCCUGGGAAGGGGAGCAGGCAGUGCUCCGAGAGGACAAGUGGUUCUCACAGCUGUGGCUCCCGCAGGCUGGGGCAGCUUCUCAGAGGAGCCAUGGGGCAGGACCAGCACACUCCAGCCUCAGCACAGAUCCCAGUGCCCAUCAGAUGGACUGCGUCGUGCUGCCUGAGUGCCAGUAUGGAAACAGCCUCUUCAGGCAUGAGAGCAACUUCCUGAGGGAUGCUGCUGAAGUACUCCUUCCCCAGCAGCCAGGUGCUUUGCCUUGCCCUGUUGAGAGCCACCCUGGUGCACCCUGCUCUUCUCUGGGCUUGGUCUCAAGGCACUCAGCAGCUCUGCCUGUGAAGGUGGAUGCAGGAACACCCCCAUGCUCUGGGCAGGGCCCUGGCUGCCCAUCAGUUCCUUUCUCAGCUGUGGGCUGAGAGGUCCAGCUCAAAGUGAGGUGUGAGGGCUGCAGGACCUGAGGGGUGCCCAGCUCCUGUGGAGGGAGCAAGGGGUCUGCCAGGGUGCCCACACCAUCCUUUGUGGGCAGCCUGGUUUGGAGCUCGCUGUGAACCAAGAGCCCUGGAAAGCCACCAGCAGCUGUGAGCUCUUCUCAUACCUGCCAGUGGUGCCCCAUUCUCCUGGUCUCUCAGGAUUUUGUCUUCCAAUGUUAUCAGGCAGUCUAAGAUGAAGUGGUUUGGACUUGUUGUUCCAUGAAAAGUCUUUCAGGGAGAUGCAGCUGUGCCACUGGGGAGGCUUGCAGGCUCCGGAGGUCCAAGGCAGGACACUGCUGGCUGGCACAUCCAUGUUCUUGGGGCAGCCUCUUGCAGAUGGAGCUGCUGCCUCACAGGCAUGUAGCACUGAACCGCUGUUUCUCAACAGAACAGCAUGGUCUCCUCAUCUCCUGUGUUGGACCACCCUUGUCAUGUUGCUCUUUGGUCCCCUGCAUUACCUCUGCCUGUGCCUCUUUUCCUCCUGGGCUCUCCACCUCCUCCAGUGACCACCCAAAUUCUUUGGAAAAAGUGUUAUCAAGCACUUGAAGAAGCUGAGCAUCAUUGAAGGGUCUCAGUGGGAGGUGGAGUUGGUGGGAGUGCAGGUACCUCGGAGGUUUGGGCUCUUCCCAGCAGCCUUCCAGGGGAAUUUGGGAGAGGUGGACCAAGCCAUUGUGACCUUUCUGGGAUGCAGGGUGGGGAAGGUCCAGCCAAGCUCCCCUUUGGUUUGUCAUUGGCUCAUCCUUGUCUUCUUCUCUGCUCCAUAGUGCCAUGGGACAGCAACAAUGGGGGUUCCCCUGUGGUUUUGCCAAAACAGUGAGAAAGAAAAGCAGGGAGGGAUGCAGUGACUACUGGCUGUCUAUUCAGACCCACUUGGUUGCCCUCAAACCAUUGUCCUGCAGCCCAGCACAACCACUUUGGUGAAUUCUCUUUUCUAUAUCUGUAACCUUGGUGAAUUCUCUUCCUUUUCUAUAUCUGUAACCUAAGAUGUGAAUGAAUUGUUUUUUCCCCAUGGAGCAAAGUCUUGCAGAUCCAUCAAGGAAACACACAAAAAAGCAACGACUGGGGAGGGUGGGGAUGAUUCGAGACCACACUGGCUUGCAACAUUAGGUCAGAGAGAUCAGAGUGCUUGGGGACACUCACACCUUCCCCUCAUGCCCCCAUCACCCUGAGUAUCACAUCUACCUUGCGCACCAGUGUUAAGCAUUUAUCAAGCAAGUUAAAUCAGGUAAUUAGCACAGAGCGAGCAGCAAGCCCAUGUGUCCUGGUGUGGAGUGUCCUCGUCUCCCUGGGUGUCUUCCUUCAUGCCCAGCGUUGCCUCAGCUGAUGGGGCCCGGGAAAGGCCAAGCUCCUGUCUGCAGGCUGGGAGCAGAGUAAUGCUGAAAUCUGCUGGGACCAUUCUAAGGUGGCUUCAAGGAGCACCUAAGACAGGGCAAGGAGUUGACUGGCAAUGAUCUGGGUCCAAAAAGCAGCAGGAUGGACUCUGCUCAGCAGCCUCUUGUUCUGGGCACCCGUGAGAAGGUGCCAGGGCAUGCCAGGGGCUCCCAGUGCUGCAAGAGGUGGGCCUUGGGCUGGGGGCAUUGCUGCCUGGGGCCACGACAGACUACCUUGUGCUCUGUCACUGGGGUCUGAUCUCUCUGUACCUCGUGGCUGUGCAGAUAAAGUCUGUUCUGGUGGCAGCAUCUCAUUUUCCACUCCGUGAUUCCUUUGUGUUGCUGGCAGCAGCUGGGAGGUGCUGAGAAGAAAAGAGCUGUCCAGAGCCUCACCCCUGUGUUUGGUGAUGUAUUAAAAGCGAUUUGCUUUGUA